AUGAGGGACUUACCUAGAGAUAGAGUUGUAAUAAAUAGACCAUUCGAAAAAAUAGGACUGGACUUUGCAGGUCCAGUUAUCACCAAGCCUAAUUUGAAAAGAUCUAGAGUUACUUUAACAUCAUACAUUGCGGUAUUUAUUUGCUUUAGUACAAAUGCUAUUCAUCUAGAAGUAGUAUCGGAUAUGUCUAAUGAAGCAUUUCUAGCAUGUCUUAGAAGGUUUAUUGCCAGACGAUCUAAAUUAUCUAUUGUUUGGUGUGAUAAUGCUACGAACUUCAAGGGAACGAAGAAUGUUCUUGAUGAGCUCUUUAGAAUUUGUAGAUCGGAUCCUAUUCAAAGCUUUAGUUCCGAAGAAGGUAUGACGUGGAGAUUUAUUCCUCCUUCUUCCACGGAAUUUGGCGGAUUAUGGGAGGCUAAUAUAAAAUCAAUAAAGAGAAUUUUGACAAAGGUCGCGAAAACGACAAUUUUUAACUUUGAAGAGCUGUAUACAUUAAUUACACAAAUAGAAGCUUGCUUGAACUCUCGACCUCUGUCACCUAUUUCGGCUGAUCCAACAGAUCUUCAGCCUUUGACUCCAGGUCAUUUCCUAAUAGGAGCUCCACUUUUGUCGAUACCAGAACCGAAUGAUUCUGUAGAUUCUUUGACCUUCUCUUCUAGAUGGACCUUAAUUCAAAACUUUAGAGCUCAUUUCUGGAACCGUUGGAGCGUGGAAUAUCUUAAUCAUUUGCAGAACCGUUCAAAAUGGAAUCAAGUGAAAUCCAAUCUCAAGGCAGAACAACUAGUCUUGUUAAAGGAUAAAAACAAGAUACUCAUGAAGUGGACUCUAGCUCGCAUUGAGGAGAUCUUUUCUGGUCCAGAUGGACUAGUACGAGUCGUAGACGUCACAACCUCAGAUGGAAUCUUUCGUCGAGUCGUCUCCAAUAUCAGUCCACUCCCAUUUCCAAAUAAUGUUGGACAAUUGUCCAACGGUGGCCGGGAUAUUCCGGUUUGA